AUGCGGGCAAAACACCAAUGAACAUAAAAUAAAAAUAAAAUAAAGAAAAAGCAAUGAACCCCGGGGCUUGGCGGGUGGAGGCACUUGCCACCCAAGUCUGGCAACCUGAGGUCGAUCUCCGCAGCCCACAUAAACGUGAAAGGAGAAAUCUGACUCCAUAGUUGUUGUCUGGCUUCCACAACACCACAUAGCAUGUGUUCAUGUACACACACACACACACACACACACACACACACACACACACACCAAGUAUCAGAAAAUGGGAAAAGCCAGUGGGUUUUGUAUUUUUCUACAGCCUUAUAUCAUUAUCUUGGCCUUAGAGCGGAAGCCCCAGGCUUCUCUCAGAUACGACCAUUCUAGGUCACGUGACAACUCUAAGGCAAUCCCUUAAACUGAGCACUGUCAGGUUUAAACCACUUGGCUACGGGGUAAUGAGAGAGAGAGAUGAAGUGGACACAAAGAAAGCAGGCUACACCCUUUCCUCCUGGCAUGUGGAAAUGUGGCAUCUGAGGGCGGUUGCAGCUUCUGGAACUCUGAAGGAGGUGGCCGGUGCCCUAAAUGGAUCUGUGACGUUCACUCUGAAUAUCACUGAAGUAGAGAUUGACUACGUUGUAUGGACCUUCAAGACACUCUUUCUUGCCAUGGUAAAAAAAGAUGAUAUAACAUCACAAAGUAGUAACAAAGAAAGGAUGGGCUUUCCAGAUGGACUCUACUCCAUGAAACUCAGCCUGUUGAAGAAGAGUGACUCUGGAGCCUACCGUGCAGAGAUUCACAGUACAUCGCGUCAGCCUCCUUUCAUCCAGGAGUAUGUGCUGCAUGUCUAUGAGUAUGUGUCAAAGCCCAAGAUCACCAUGAAUAAGCAAAGCAACAAGAACGGCACCUGCAAAAUCAAUCUGACGUGUUCCAUGGAGCAGGAAGGAGAGAAUGUGACGUACAGCUGGAAAGCUGUAGGGCAGGCAGUCAAUGAGUUUCAUGACGGCCCCAACCUCCCCAUCGCCUGGAGACCAGGAGACAAAGACAAGACCUUAAUCUGCAUGGCCAGGAAUCCAGUCAGCAACAGUUCCUCAACCCCCAUCUUUGCCCAGAAGCUCUGUGAAGAUGCUGCCAAGGACCUCGAUUCACCCGGGGCCAUCCUCUACAUCAUGUGCAUCUCAGCAUUGCUCAUCCCACUCAUUGUCUUGCUGAUUAGUCUUCAUAUUAGGUGGACACAGAAUGGAAAAGGCUGUGAGGAAGUCAAGAAGAGAGUGGAUCGCCACCAGGAGAUGCCCAGCUCGUGCCCUCACUUAGAGGAGAACACAGACUAUGACACAAUCCCUUACACAGAAAAAAGGAGACCAGAAGAAGAUGCAGCAAACACACUUUAUUCCACUGUGCAGAUCCCCAAAGUGGUGAAGAGUCCCAGCUCCCAGCCUGCAAUGCCACACGUGCCAAGGCCAUUAAGUUUUGAAAAUGUUAUCUAGACGGCAGCACUCCGUCUUCUCACUCCAGGAAGGAAAAAAAAAAAAUCUCACCAUGUUGAGCAGAAAUGAAAACUUCUGUCAAAGACUGAAUGUAAAUGUCUUCCCAUCAAACUCAUGUAUUUGAAUACAGACAGUGAAGGUCAGGCUCAAGCUUGGGUUUCGGGGUACAGUGGCACUUGGGGGUUAGGCGACAGCCCAUUCCUACAUUCUGACAAAGAACCUGGCUCUGCCCAUCCUGUCUCCAGUAACUAUGAACGAGGCUGCAUUCAUAGACACCGGACUAAUUUGUUUGAUGAAGAAAUUUUCAAGACAGCACAGCAUCCAGGCUAUGGCACAACCACGUCCACUGUUUUAAUUCGUAUCUAUAGAAACAAUUGUAUGUAAAUAUUUAAUCUGAAUCAUCCAGUUCCCAGAUAAAGAGGCACAACCCUUUCUAUUUAUAAUAAGCCUUUAUAGCCUGAGAGCUGGGCAGACAUCUACCCUUUAUGCUAUUUUGCCUACUUCCCAAUCAAUAACCUCGAGGUAUAAUUUGCUGUGUUCCAUCUAGGCUGCUCUUACUCCAAUUGGCCCAGCCCUCAUGGCCAUAUUUUCCUGAGUCACCUACCCAAUGGUGUCUUCUCCUCUCUUCACCCUCUCUCUUUUCCCUCCUCAUGAUCCUCCUGCCUCAGAUCCCAAGCCUGGGAACCAAAACCUCACCUACCUCUCUUCUGCCCAGCUCUAGGCUGCUAGCAUCUUUAUUCAACCAGUAGUUUUAAAUUAAGGAGCAGGAAGACAUGGCAUCAACUUAGUGGAGGUAAGGAUUCUCUAGUCCCUAAGGGCAACCUCGGGGACCAGUGAUAAGUCUUACAAUACAGAACAACAGGCCAAACCUCAGCAGAACUCAAAACAAAGAAAAGGAACGGGAAGAUGUGAAAAGCAUGCAGUUUGAUAGGUAGCAUGAAAGCAUGCAAAUGGGUUUUGCAGCUUUGACUGUAAUGGUUCAAGUGAUGAGCUCCUUUAAAGAGUAACCCCAGACUGUGCCCUAGGACAAUAGAAAGGGGGGCACUGAGAGCAAGACCCUGUCUACUAAAAACUUCAAGGUGUAAACUGAACGCCCUAUUCAAAAAAACUUUCGUUUAAAAGGGAGAAUGCCUGAACACAGAGUGUCCCACAUCGUCUCAUCAGACUGGGGCAGUGUUUCUCUGGAUUCUCACAGUUCUCAGAGGUUGAUGGAGCCCUGACCCAAGCAGGUGUGGCUCUACCCUGGCGUGGCAGCAGAAUUCAGCAACGUCCACGCAUGCAGAAUGUAAAAUCUGGGGAGCCGCCGAGGCUUGCACUGUUCCAGGGGAGGAAAACCAAGCACUGCGUAUCGAGGUCGGGCCUUCGGAGUGGACCUUCCCUGGAAGCUUGCAUAGAACUAUGCCUCACUUGCACUUUAGACUCCAGGAUGCUGGAGCUGCCCAGAACAUGAAGCAUCUACUAAGAAAAACUUCAGGCACUGAAAACACUCAAGAAAGAGGCCAUGUGUGGUUUAGGUUGCAAGGUCAUGGAAACAGGCCUCCUCAAAUCCACUGGAACAUACAUGAUGAUACCAUGUACCCAGGAUGCCAGACCAGAAGCUUCAAGGUUUAUGUCUCUCUGCUGGGUUUUGACCUAUCUUUGGCUCUUUCUUUGCCAUGCCCUACCCCUGGAAUGUGAAUGUCUCCUCUGCCAUUGUGCAUUGAAAGUAUUUGAGUUUUCUAUUUUAUAAGAGCUCACAGCUAGGACUUUGCCUUACAUCUCAUAAAAGACACUGGACGUUGAACUGUUACGGCUAGGGACUCUUGAAGUUAGAUGGGAUGCAUUUUGCAUUGUGUGACGACAGUGAACAUAUUGAGCCAAGGCCUGUGAGCCAAGAUGGGAAUGUUACGAAUUGAGUUGAAAAGAUGCUCCACGUACAGGCUGAGUGUUUGAACCCUUGGUGUCCAGUUUGAACAGUUGAUGUGAUUUCAGGGUUCUAUAGACCCUAGAGAAGCCACAGCCUCCCUGGAGAUGGUGAGUCUCCAGGAGGUGGGCCUUGAAGGUGGUAUUCACUUCUGACUCUGGACAAGCCUUCUGCUUCACCUCAUGCAGGUCCAUGUUAUGAGGAAUCAGAUAUUGCCAACUCCGUCCAACACAGACCACACCCCUGAAGCCGCCAUGCCUCUGAUGGCAAUGGGUUAUAACCUCUAGAACUCAAACUCGAAAUCAUCCCCUUCUCCUGUAAGUUGCUUCUGCCAGGAUUUUGGCCCAGUGGUAACUAAUACCACUUCCUUCCAAAAUAAGCUGCUCUUGGCCUCUUUGGACUCCGUGGUUCAUCGGCCAACUGCUGAGAACUCUCCUCAAACCCAGAAUUUAUAUUCCUGUCUGCCAAUGUAACUGAAGCUGUCUGUUAGUCCAGAGAAAAUGACUGGGAGAUGCCUUGAUUCAUAAGGACAUAUUGAUUAAGGCCUCAGGACAGGAUCUUAACUCCUAUCCUAUUCCAGAACUUGAGAUCAGGACUACCAGAAGACUGCUUGCCAGGGCGGACAGAUGUGUCCAGCACAAGCAGGUUUAAUUGCCUUAAAUAAAUGUAUUAAUUUAUUAAUGGAA